ACUUGGAUUAACUGGUCCUUUUCUAAGUCGCGGUUGUCUCUCGAUUGAUCCAAGAAGGUACAAGGAGAAGGAAAGCGCUGAAUAAAUUCGAUUAAACUAUUAGAAAACUUAGCGAUCUGCGUAAACAUUAGUAAAACCAAUCCUUGGAUUCGACCUCGACGUCGUCGUCUAAGCGUGCUUUGCGCUCGUCUAACCGCGAGAAUAUAGCGUCUUCAAUGCGGUACGGAUCGUUGAUCGGUACGCAAACAGUCCUUUCGCGGCUUCGUGACCCUUGAAGGAUAAAGAGAAAAGAGGAGAGAGAUGACGAGGGAGCCAUGAGCACGGCGGACACCGCGCUGUCAAUCUCGAUCAAGAUGGCCCCAGGGCCGGAACAUCGUCAGGAACCGGUAGCUCCUGACAAAAUCGCUGAAAGCGACCGUGCCGCCGACGCCGCCGUCGCUGCCGUCGCUGCCACCGCUGCUGCCGAUGUAGUUAUCGAUAUAGAGAACGUCAACGCCGUAUCGACGUCCGGUAGCAGCAACAGCAACAAUAAUAACGACGACGACAAUAAUAACGUCGUCGUUGCCGCCGUCGCCGUCAUCGCUGCAGAGCAAAGUUCGAACAUCGAGAUUGCUCCAGCUAAUUUUGCCGCUGGCGCCGCCGAUUCGAUCAGCCAAAGCUCACCGCCGAACAGCGGCGCCGACAGCAAACAGGAAGAAUCGACAACCCUGUCUAUGCUAAAUGAUAAACAGUUACGCGCUUUAUUGGAUGAAGCUAUAACAUACAAGUGUCCAAAAGAUCGAGAAGGAAAGUCUAAAAUUUUUAAAGAACUUUUGUUAGAAGCAGAAGCGGAUGAGACUGAGGAAGGCCGUAGAGUGGUAUCUAAUUCGCGCUGUUUUUCGGGCUCAAAUCGUAAAAGACAUAAACGGGAGUAUUAUGCGUCCGAGACAGGUUUGACACAUGUCAGAUCAUUUCAAGAGUUAACACGUUCGGACUUUGACAAUAUUGCUUAUUCAUCCAGUCCGUCUAAUCCUUUCGGAAAGGAUAGGAGUAAGAACAAAAGGCAAAACCCGGGACCCAGUGUCUCUGCUAGACAGAGAGAAGGUGGAUCGUUACCGUCAAAUGUAAAUGCAUCGCAUAACCUUGCUUCUUUGGCUAAUUUAGAUCUAAUAUUUGAUAAAAAGAAGAGCUUCUGUGAGGAACGGCCAGCUUAUGACUGGACCAAUAAGGAAAAAUCCAAGUCUUUAGAUAAACCAUCAUAUACUAGUACAAAGAAAGAAGAAAAAGAGAAAGAAAAAAAGGAACUGAAAAGAGACACUGCUAAUAGUUUAGGCGAGGCAGAAUCCGAAACACGAGAGAAACGAGUUAGCAAAGGAAAAUUUGGAACAAAUGAGAUGCUAGAGUCAGAUAAUCCACCUCCUGAAUAUAAAUCGGAUUACAUGGUCAUUGACUUGGGCGAUGUUGAGGUAGGUGCUAUUAGUGAAAGAAAUGUGGGAUCUACUGCGAGUGGGAUUCAGAGGCCUCGCUCAUUAGAUACUGAAAAUGAUGAAGGGACUGAAUUGAAAAUUAUUGAACCGCGCAAACCGAUCCAACAAUAUGUCACACGGGCAUCUUUCGAUAUAGUAGGACAGACAUCUGUGGACACCACUAUAGAGUUUCCUAUACGUGAUCAUAAGCAAGAGAAAUCAAAAAUGUCUGUUAAUGGUACAGAGGUGACUGGGGCAUUGUUUCCACACAGCAGUGUAAAAUGUGGUAUAGGUGGGGCUUCAAAUGGUUCCAGUACUAGCCAAAGCAAAAUCGUACCCAGUUUAUGCUCCGUGAUGCCGGCGACUUGGCAACCGCAGAAUAUAACAAUGGAAGGUCCAAGGUAUACAACGCAGCACAUCACGAUGAAAGAUCCAUCCGUAUCGGGAGAAAAGAAAUCAUUAGAUGAAAAUGGAAACUCUGUACAGCCCUAUAAUAAUGGUGAACGGAAGAAGCCUAGAAGGAAACAUACUCAGGAACACAAUGUCAAAGUUUAUAAUGCCGAAAAUGUCGAAGGCCAUCGUAAUGAGGAUAUCGACAGUCUAAUUAACUUCAUUGAGAAUAAAGAAUCCAAGAGCAAAAAAGGAAAGACUGGUAAUCCCGUUAGAGUGAAAACUAGUUCUGGCACAAAACCGAGAACCAGAGAGAAGGAUACAAAAAGAGAACAAUUGCCUUCCAAGUUAAAGAAGUCUAAUUCCUUAGAAGAAAUCUCGAAGACAAAAUUAGAGGAUCUCACGACGGAAAAGAGUCCCAGUUCCAGUGGUGCCAGCAGCGUAUCCAGUCAACACGGAGUAAAUAUAGCACUGCGACGUCCAAAACAAAGGAGCACCGGAGAUGCGACAGUUGAUAGUCGAGGCGACAGACGAUCCUGGGGGACAGAGGAAGGUCAAUCGAUAUAUUGCAACGAUACAGGGGAGGAUUACAUGAGUCGUCGUAAUUCCAAUAAAAAGAUUAAUCCGGAACCGGAACAUGAGACGGAGUUUCUAGUAGUUACGAAAAAGAAAAAGAGCAAAAAACAAAGAAGAAGCUCCAGUGGCAGUAGGGCACAAAACUUAACAACAUCGGGAUCAUAUCUUCAAAAUUCCAGAGGAUUCUCUAACGACUACAGGACACCUCUUUCUCCUGAACUUCGAAGAAAAUCGGCUAGCAGUAUGCCUCCGAGCGACAAGUCGGCGGAUAGUAGCGAUUUGGAUUCAGUCCAUUCGUUGCCGGUUACAUCGAAUACCUCGAAGCACAAUUUGUCUAAAGUCGCAACAUCGUCGGGUGGGACUCCACAAGCAAGUUACGCGGAUAUAGCGCGCAUGGCUACUAUCAACAUGCCACAUAAUCUGACCAUGUCCGCUAUGCUAAAUACGUCAUCGUGGCCCAGUGUUCCGCCUAAGACUUUUUCGGAACCGGAUAAAGUGCCUCAAGAUUAUUAUCCGAGUUUAGACGAAUUGCAGCAUCCGGAAAGGAAAGCGAGACAGCAACAGACACAAUCAAAUCAUGCAGCAGCUAGUUUGAGUCUGGCUUUUGAAAAACCACUUUCGCCGACUCUGACGAAAAUGAAAAAUUCGUCAGAUAGAAAGAAAGCCGAAGCUCAGGAAGAGGCCAUCAAUAAAAACAUCCAAGUUUUUAAAUAUGUGCAAGAUAUCGAGAAAAUGCAUGAAAGCCUAACACAAGCAACAGACCAGAAGGAACAGAAGAACGUGACUUCUAGCAAUUACAGCUCGAAUUCAAACGAGACUAUCGCGACAAACGCCGUAACACCAAGAUAUAAUAACAAUGGUACAACGAUGAAUUAUAAUCCAGUCGAUACUGAUAACAAUCCUAAUUGUACCGUCAACAAUAAAGAUUCUGUUACGCUUCCGAGAGCCAAUAAUCCUCGCUCUCGUAGGAAUUACGUACACAGUAAUCAAAAUAUGCAAACUCAGGGAUCGCACGAAGAGCAACACAUUAAAAAGCCCGCGUCCUCUUAUCACGAGGAGGCAGUUAAGAAAUCGCAUAAUAUCGACACCCCGCAGUCCGAAAACAAAGCUAAUCCAAUAAUCGUGCCACAUGACUGCGCGGAUGCGCAAAAGUUGAAGACUGCAAAACCCAUGCAGGACUCGCAGAGCGGCGAGCCUGAAUCUAGCAACAAGAUGACCGGCGGUGAUUCGAGGACAGCGAGGGUCACAAAAGAGUAUCAGAAUACCGCGAUGAAACACGAUACGACAAAAGUGGGAGUCUGUCAAUCGCAAAACUCGAAGCAAGACAAUCAACAACGCGAUGAGGCGGAGAACAAGAAAACAAAGUCACACAACACGCAGUCCGAUAAAGAUCAAUCGCAAAGACCAUCCGUGGAGACGCAGCAGAUAAAGAGUUUGACUCCUAGACCCGCAGUGAUCCUUUUGGACGAGACAUCCUCUGACAUCGCGAAGAACAAUAAUCUGCCGACGGAGCUCACAUUUGGUUUCGAAAUAAACGAGCUGUUGCUUUCGGAAGACAACGGCAACGAGGAAACCCCGACGAUCGCGGCAAAUCCUGUUUUUUCUCCGGCCGUACCGCCGCUCGUCAACAAACCGCCGCCCAACAAUUUCGAGAGAAAUCCGCCGUUGUUCACCGAGAAACCUGUGAGAUACGACAAGUUCUCGAAUUAUCACAUGCAACAACCAAACGCUCACGUGACACCGGUGAACGCUCAUCCCGUGCAUCCAGUCAUGGUACAACCGUUGCCGUAUAUGGGCUAUCCCACAAGAUUUGCGCCACCCACAUAUCUGCCACCACCGCCUCCACCACCACCCGGAAUCAUGGAGAAAUUUCAUCCGCCUAAGGAAGAUUUCUCGAUGCUUUACGUAGCGCCCGAGGAAGAGUUGAAUGUGCAGACGUACAAUCAUGAUAAGAUCGUGUCGUUUGUUGGCUUAGCAUGGGAUGCUGUCAUGAAAGAAAUGCCAGUGACAACCGGUCGUAUACAGUUCUAUAGCGGACAGUGAAGUGAGAAAGUUUUCGCCGUGUCAAAGGAAAUAGACAAUGACAGUAACUUUUGUACUGGUAAACCACUUCCAUUGCAAAUAGUUAGUUCGAUGAGUCUCGAUCACGUUGAUACUCGAGACCAAGUACUUGUAUGUGUUACGUGCACGGUUGCUCCUCUUAAGACGUAAAGUUCGUUCAGAGGAUUGUCUUACUUUGAGUCAAACGCGCAAGAUUGAUGGAGCCGAGUGGUGCAAAGUGUGCCUCAAGAGAUAAUAAUAGCAAUGUACAUAUAUAACCAGUUGACAGGAGAAUAUAGAAGGAUAAAGUAUAUAUUCCAGCAAUGUACAUUGUACUUGCAUAAAUUUCCAACGAUUGUGACAGUGUCGCAGAACUUCAGUAUUGACAAUUAGAAACUUUUGGUCGAAAAAUAUCUCUCUUAAAAGACGGAGAAAGAGAGAAAAAGAGAGAUCCUGUUUCUUUGAAUAAAGGGAACUUCCAGUGUAUAAGUCACGCGUGUAUAUACGUUAGACAUCUCUAUAAAUUUUGGAAGAUCGUCUUGGUUUAUAUGAGUGUACGAUUUUAAGAGAGUGCUUAAAAGAUAAUGCUACAAAGACUUGUAACAACCAGGUCUACCAUAAAGCGAGUUUUAAAUGGGAAAAGUCGAACAGCAUCAACAGCAGUAUCUCCUGGUGCCUUUGGAGCUGCGAAUCUUCAGGCGAAUCAAUGGGGAAGUAUCGAAGAAACCUGCACUAAUCACAUCGAGAAAUCUAUGAGAAGUACUGUAAAACAUCUGUAAGUAGUUUCGAACUGAUAAUUUCGAACUCGUAAACUGAUGGAACGAUUUAAGACGGGACGAUCUUAUAAUCUUAAAUCGAUCAUCAUGAAAGAUCAGCGAUGAUCGGUGAGUCGAAAUAUGGAGGUCAAAAUACACAGUUAACGUACUUUACUCGAUAAAUUCAAAUUAAGAUGUGCGGACUGUAAAUCAGAAAAAUGUAAAUGCGUGGUUGUGUAAUAUAUUGAGAUAAUGUGGUUGACUUAGAACUCAGAGUGGCUACUUCUUCCAGUCGUGGAGCAUUCGAUAAUUUAAAAUAGUAAGGGGAAAAAAGGUCACUAACUGGGUUUCGAAAAUGUCAAAGUAAGCUCAAAGUCUGGUCAAAUGUCUGUGAAGAUAGAAUGCUGAAUAUUCGAAAAACAUUAAAUUUUUACACAGACUUGCUUAUUUAAUAAAAAAAAAGUAAUUGAUAAUUAUUCAUAAUGAUAAUUAUAAGAAAAUGCUUGUGAUCGAUAAAAAUAGUGUGAAUGGCGUGUGCGUAAUUCGUGUAGACUGUCGAAUGAUCAUAAAAGUGAGAUUGCUGUUCGAUUGCGGAGCGAGGCAUUGUCCCGGGAAGAUAAUUCGUGUGUGCUAUCUUAAUUUGUAUCGUUUGCUCAUUAAAUGUAACUCGACUUUCAUCAAAGCUAUAUACGCGAGAUACGUUCCUAAGCUUUCGUCGAAUGUAUCUUAUCAACGAACGACGAUCCGUCGAUUUUUGAAACGCGCGAAGGUUCUCUUGCAUUUUCUUUAUUUUCCGAGGCAUUAAUUUACAGGCGUAAAAAGAAAAUGUGAUCGUGUUACUAUUUCGAUGAAACACGCAAGUAAAAGCAAUGUAUGCUCUGUAGUAUAACGUGUGUGUGUAUACGGAAGUAUAUAUAUACGGGUGGAACUUAAUUAAAAUUGAAGAUAAAAAGAAAAGAUAUAUAAGCUGUAUCUUAAAUUCGUAUGCCUGUAAAUGCCUAAAAAAAAUUGAGCCUAAGAAAAAUAAUGCAUAUAAUUGCCGCUUUUAACUACUGUAAUUAUACAGUUUUUAAAUGUAAGUUUAUGAGUUCUGUAACCUUAGGAGAGUACACUGUAGAUCCACGAUAUCAUACUUCAAAUUAAAUAAUCCCUUUGCGUUUGAACUAACUUUUAGUUACAUCUUUCAACUCGUCGUUUCACGACGCUGUCUCCCAUCGUCGGGGCACGAAAACACAUUCUAAUAAUCUUAACGAUUUAAUUAUUAACGUUGUUAUAGAAUCGCGAAAACGUGUCGUUCUAAAAUCUUCGUACAGCAGUCUCAUACAUCUAUGUGAAGAAUAGAAUGAGUGGGAUGCGAAUCGUGGAAACUUAUCGUCUUCAUAGGUAAUAAUGAAACACAAGAUAAGUUUCAUACGGAAGCAUGAAAGUGUGUGUAGUAUUAUAACGCGAGUUAAUUAUUAAUUAAUGAAUUAGAAUUGGUAAAGUUUGUUAUAUAUCGUUCUUUCUUUGCGAAAAUAUCAAAAUUGUGUAAAAACGAAAAAAAAGAUAGCCGUACUCCGUUGAUAAUUUUCAUUUUUGUCCAGUAUAUAGGAGAUAGUUCCAGCUGGAAGUACAGCUUUCGAGAUAAGCGAGAAAAUCGAGAUAUUUAAUUGUACGACGCAAGCGUUUAUCGCGCAUAUCGGAGAGUAACUCGGAAAAAAGAGGUACGACUGUAGCCGCAGCUAAAAUACAGACUUGACAAGGUAUCCCGAAGUGUCUCGCUUUCCUUUUUUUUUUUCCUUUUUGAAACAACUUCGCAGGAGACACGCGUUUCCGACAUUACGUUAACUGUCUGGACGUCUUUUUAGCUCUAUCCCUCCCUUCUUUUUGUCCCAAUUAUCACGUUUUUACAUUACAUUCAGUUGCUAAUGUCGAACAGUUACAUUCCAAAAGUGUAAUCGCGAGAACCGCCUUUUCACUUCUUCGACCGAGAGAAAUUUUCUUUUUAAUCUUUCUUUAUUCGUGCUCCUCCCAGAUUCUUUCCCUCUCCGUGGUGUAUGUUACCUCCAACGGAGAGUACACUGGACUGCACGACUUUUUUUCUUUUUUUAUCUCAUUUUCUCUUUUUAUUUUUAUUUUACACACGUAUAUACAUACACACACCAUGUACCUCUCGACAUGCUGCACAUGCUGUGAACAAUCUCGCGGUACACCGGUUGUUACUUUGACUGAAAAUCGCUCGAGCAGCUGGUCGUUGCCUCUCACGCGAAUAAUACUCUCUUUUUCCGAGCUACUUCGACUCCACACGCGAAAAAAACUAUAAUUCAAAAACACACAAAAAAAAAAGAAACAAAGUCAGGUGCUCCAUUCGCCUUAAAAUGCAACUGAAUGCAGUCUCAGCCUGUGCCAUGUUGACCGGUUCAAAUGGCUAAGUGAUAAAGAGUUCGCGAAGACUAGUGCAAAUGUACUUGUGGAACAGGACUAAGCGAAGGAAGGAAAGAAGGAGGAAAAAGAAGAUUAGGACCAUUUAACAGUGUACAUAGCGAGUGUGGGGUGGCAGCUACGCCAACCUAUGUCGCACAUGUAGAGUAUAUAGAAUUACUUAACGGUUCUUUUUUUUUUCUUCAUUCGACGUACACACCUACAUGAAAACGCGCGGAAAUUCGUUGCGGACCGGCCGGGACUGACUUUUGUCUCUUUGAUCUGCAUCGCGCGAGAUCAAGAUCAGGCGGUUAACGACGAGUAGAGAGCAACUCGAGAAAAACGACGAGGAAGGAGAGAAGGACGAGCGAACACGAAACAAAGAGAAAAGAAAAAAAAAUAUAAAAAAGGAAAGAAAAAGCGAAAAACUACAUUAAAACUACGAAUACCUGUACGUCCCCCUAUCCACCACCCCUCCCCUUUACUGUUUUCGUUUAUAAGAAGUUUAAGUUUAUGAGAAGAAAUAAAUAUGUUUAUUUUCUUUCACAUCGAUCUGUAUCAUUAUUCAUUACAGCAAAGUUUGUUUCAGCGCAUGUUCUUCGCUCCAAAAGACGUCUCGAGUCUAGCCCAGUUUCGCACAGAGAUUCCCUUUAACUUUUAGUACACACGAUUAGAUCGUUUGUGUCCUGCACAUUUCUCUUCUUCGAAAAACUAGCAUCAAUUGAUUAUGUUUAUUAUAUUAUAAUUUUCCAAAUACUUUCUAAAGAUAUCAAAAGUAUAUAAGAAUUACACUUGUGCCUAUUUCAAUGUAGAUUAACUUUAACCUUCGUUUAACUUACUCUCUCUUCAACUUAGGCCCAGUUCCACAACUCAUGGUUAACUAUUAACCGAAAUUCAAUUUGUUUGGACAAUGAAUAAGUUGAACCUCGGUUAAGAGUUAACCGUGAGUUGUGGAACUGGGCCUUACUCUAUCUUUUUCUAGUUUUAAGAAUUAAAAAAGGAUAAAAAGUAAGUUAACUCGAAAUUAAAGUUUAUCUGCACAGAAGAUAGAAAUGGAUAUUUAUUAAAUUAAUGAAAAUUAAUCCGGACACGAAUGAUCCAUCAUGUAUAAUGAAGAACCGGAAAAUCAUCGUGUGUACCAAGAGUUAGUCUUCUCCCUUUGUGCUGUUUAUCCGGUUCUAGCUAUUCAAUUGUCGUUAAUCGCUCGCGCGAUAAAAAUGCGAGUCAGCAGCCGAUUGUUGCGACUAUCUCGAGAAAUAGCUACGCACAGCUGGCUGCUUCUCCAGGACGGGACGCAGAGAGAGAAGCAAAAGUACUCCCGACGGAAAUCGAGGGAAAUCGAUCGGACGUACCUCGACGCUGGUCCCGCGCCGCUGUACAAUUUGUUACUCGAUAACGAAACGAUUCUCCUCCCGUAUUGUACAUACGACGCUGUAUGAUAUAACAUUGUAUGAUUAUUACCAACGCUACGGCAGAAUUAUCCAAUUAAGAUUACAGUUAAUGCCGCUAUUAUUAGUGAGAUAACAAAUGAGAGAGCGAGUGAGAUUGGGAGAUGACUGUGCAUGUCGAAUUGCGGAUCUUGUGCGUGCGUGUGAAAGGCUGUGCUGUCCAGCUGCAAAAAAAAAACCCUUAACGAUGCGAAUGUGUGUUUGUUGCCAAAGUUCCCCCUUUUCGCGUGCGUGAAGUACGGUGAUAUCUGAUUUGUCGGGUCGUACCGCAUCGGCGAGAGCUUCGUCCCGGGGUGGCAAAUCAAAAAAGCCGUGUGUUCGUCGCCCCUCCGGGGUGGAAGCGGAGCUGGACUAUUUCCCUCUUUUCUCUUCUUGAGACCUUCGCGUCGCGGCUGAAGCUACACGAAGAGAGAAGAAAAUCGCUCGUAAUCCCGUCUUCAUCCACUUUAUUUUGGCUACGGCGACGAUCCUGCAGCUUUCAACUUCUUCCCCCUUUAUUUUCCUACCAGAAUCGAGAGGAGUACAGAAAUUCUUCUCUUUGUGUGUGGUAUCACAGAAUUAUCCGGAGAGGGGCGACUUUCUUCCGAAGCUUCUUUCGUAAAGAGAUUAACGUUCCAUUAGGAUGUUAAUAUAUUAAGACGUCAAAGCCAUCCGGCCCGCGUCGACCCGGACAAGACAGCGUAAUACCGCCCGUGCGCUAUAUUUUUCCGUUGAACGACAGAUUGUUAAGGCACUACCGUAUGAGAGGGAAAAUUGUAAUGUCGAGCGAGAGAAAACGGGGGAAAAAAUCCGAAGGGAUUUUACAUUACGAAAGAAACGAAGAGGUAUAUCACGAUUUAUUCUCAGGUGAUGUACUCAAACACACGUGUAUACGUGUGGAUUAUUAUUUUGUUACUAACUUGUCGGAUAUACGUCAAAGCUAUUAUGGACCAUGAAUGUGAAGGGUCGUUUGGAGUCAUUGCCAUGGAUUGUGAAAGAAUAAUACUGAAGUGUGUAUGAAUAAGAAUGGCAGAGAGAGAGA